UAAAAUAAUUGUCAAUAGAUUUUUCCAUGGUUGGCCCCCUCCCUGUCUCCCCGGCCAAUCUUAGCCCUUAAGCUUGGAUUGCGAUCAGUCUUCGAUCCCUUCAUCGCCGCAAUCGAAAACCAAUCGGAGUUAGAGAAUCAGAGGUUUGUCCGGUGAAUCAUGUCUGAUGUACCUUCUUGUUCUAGCGGCAACAAUACAAACAGCGAUGAUUCGAGUAACUUUGAAUGUAACAUCUGCUUUGACUUGGCUCAAGACCCUAUUGUGACUCUCUGUGGUCACUUGUUCUGUUGGCCUUGCCUAUACAAAUGGCUCCAUCUCCAUUCAACCUCAAGUGAAUGUCCCGUUUGCAAAGCAGUGAUCCAAGAAGACAGGUUGGUUCCUCUGUACGGUAGAGGCAAAUCAUCUACCGAUCCUAGGUCCAAGUCCAUUCCUGGAAUCCAAGUGCCGAACCGUCCAUCGGGACAGAGACCCGAAACAGCGCAACCUCCCGAGCCAAACCAUGGGUUUGGUCAUCACGGUUUUGGAGGGUUCAUGGGAGGUUUUGCAGCUCCGGUGGCGAGCGCUCGGUUCGGGAACGUUACGUUACCGGCAGCGUUUGGUGGUUUGAUACCUUCGUUGUUCAACCUCCAUUUCCAUGGGUUCCCUGAUGCAGCUAUAUAUGGAGCUGCUGCCGCUGCUUCUGGUAGUUUCCCUCGCGGGUUUUCGAACCAUUUCCAUGGAGGACACUCGCAUAUGCAUAAUUAUCAACGGUACACGGGGCGACAAGGACAACAAGACUAUCACUUGAAGGCAUUGCUUUGCUUUGUUUUUAUGGUCGUUGUGCUUUCCCUCAUCUUAAGCUAGUGAGGAAAAUCGAUUAGACAGCUUUGCUUUCAGUUGUUUAUUUGAGAUCGGAUUAUAUAAAACCCGGGAAAAUUGUGCUAUGAUUUGAUUUGUAAUCUUGUGCUUAGCAAAAUUGUUCAUAUGUUAAUAAUACCUCCUGGCUUCUCUUA